GAGCCUUUGUGGGUUUGAAGAUCAGCAAACUCUCCUAAAGCAAACAUCUGAUAAUUGCCCCAUGUCUACCCUCUGGCCAUGGCGUCCAAAGUACUCCCCCUGGUGGUGGUUCUGGCUGUAUUGGUUUGCCUUGGUGUGAAGCUGGAAGUUUGGGGAGACCAGGUGAAACCAGGGCGCGCACCGCUCAUCCCUCAUAGACCAUUCGUCGUGGUCUGGAACGCCCCAACCGAAUCUUGCCGUCUGCGAUUCAAAGUCGACUUGGAUUUAAAUGUUUUCGACAUUGUUGCAAAUCUUAACGAAACUCUUAGCGGCCCAAAUGUGACAAUUUUUUACCAUAGCCAUCUCGGAUACUACCCAUACUACACCAAUUCUGGCAUACCCAUCAACGGCGGUGUUCCACAAAACCAAAGCAUUACAAAACAUCUUAGCAAAGCAAGAGCCGAUAUUGAUAAAAUGAUCCCGCAUAAAGAUUUUAGAGGACUUGGCGUAAUUGACUGGGAAAACUGGCGGCCGCAAUGGGUACGCAACUGGGGCUCUAAAGACAUCUACCGCAACAAAUCUAAGGAGCUAAUUCGUAAAAUGCAUCCUAACUGGCCAGAAAGCAAAGUAGAAAAGGAAGCGAAAGAGAGUUUUGAGAAAGCAGGGCAAGCGUUUAUGAAUUUGACUUUGGCGUUGGCGGAUAGCAGAAGACCAGAGGGAUUAUGGGGUUUUUAUUUAUUCCCGGAUUGCUAUAACUAUGAAUACAAGCAGCAUCCUCAAAAAUAUACGGGAGAAUGUCCAAAUAUAGAGCAUGUGAGGAAUGACCAUCUGAUGUGGUUGUGGAAGCAGAGUACGGCCUUGUAUCCGUCCAUCUAUUUGGAUUAUGAACUCCAGUCUUCACCCAAUACGGUGAAGUUUGUGCACUACAGAGUCAAAGAGGCCAUGAGGAUUGCUUCAAUCGCACGCACUGACUACACUCUACCAGUUUUUGUCUACUCCAGGCCAUUCUACGCUUAUACAUUUAUAGUGCUGUCACAGAGUGACCUGAUCCACACUAUUGGAGAGAGCGCUGCGUUGGGUGCAGCUGGUGUUGUCUUGUGGGGAUCAUCAGAAUAUGCACGAUCAGAGAAAAAUUGUCUGACGGUCAAACACUACAUUGAUGGCCCCCUCGGUCACUAUGUCAUCAACGUCACCUCAGCAGCCAAACUAUGCAGCAAGGCUCUCUGCAAGAAGAACGGCCGCUGUGUACGCAAAAGCCUAGACUCCACUUCCUACCUGCAUCUCAACCCACGCUUCUUCCAAAUCUACCGCAACCCCUCUCCAGCAGUGGGCCCUCUCUUCACCGUCAGGGGCCAUCUUAACAACCACGACAUUCUGGACAUGAAGCAUAAGUUCACCUGUCAGUGUUACCAGGGCUGGACAGGGGUGUAUUGUGAGGUGCCCCAAAACCCCGGGCCUAUCCAACAGGAGAUAGAGGAUUCACUGCUGCCCUACCCCAGAGAGCGUGGCCUCCUGGGAGAUUUACUGCUCCUGUUGUCUCUGCAUUUUUCCUGUAUUUGCGUUAUAAUGUUUUUAGGUUUGUGUUUGAUUAUCAAGUGUCUUAUAUUGUGAUGCCUGCAAAUGGGUAAAGAGUAAGUGAUCAAAGAUUUAUAAGAAGGCAAAAGUAAGUGGGACUGGGUAAGAAACGUGUUUUUAGGACAGGAAUACCAGAGUGGUUUUCAAGAUUAAAGGUGUACUGUGUAACUUCUGUAGUGUUGAUCUGCUUGUUUCCAUAGAGUUGUUACAGUUUACCUGGAUUUUCCCACAGUAUGGCAUUAAUUAUGUAUUUACCUGGUCUCCCAAGGGUUGACCAGGUUUUGUAUUCAUCCUGUGUGUCUGUGUGAGUGUGUGCCUGUGUGUCUAUCCACCCACAAUAAUUCCACCAUUUAUGGAACGAUUGUCACCAAAUUUGGUACGUGGGUCAA